GGGAGGAGAACCAUGACUGACUGGACCUUCUGUGUUUGCAGCUUCACUCAGAGACUAAAUGGCUUCCAGAUCAGAGGAGGAUCUCUGCUGUCCGGUCUGUCAGGACGUCUUUAAGGAUCCGGUUCUUCUGUCAUGUAGCCACAGCUUCUGUAAGGAGUGUCUGCAGAACUGGUGGAGAGAGAAAGCAGCACAAGAGUGUCCAGUUUGUAAGAGAAGAUCUUCUAAGGCUGAACCACCUUUAAAUCUGGCUCUGAAAAACCUGUGUGAGACCUUCCUGCAGCAGAGAGACCAGAGAGCUUCAGAGGAUCUCUGCAGUCUGCACUCUGAGAAACUCAAACUCUUCUGUCUGGACCAUCAGCAGCCAGUGUGUGUCGUCUGCAGAGAUUCAGAGAAACACACCAAGCACAGAUUCAGACCCAUCGAUGAAGCUUCUCAGCAACACAAGAAGAACCUUCAGGAAACUCUGGAACCUCUAAAGAAGAACCUGGAGCUCAGGAAGAAAGUUCUAGAGGAGUUUGAUGAGACAGCAGAACACAUGAAGGUCCAGGCCCGACACACAGAGAGGCUGAUUAAGGAGCAGUUUAAGAAGCUUCAUCAGUUUCUUGCAGAGGAAGAGGAGGCAAGGCUGGCUGCACUGAGGGAGGAAGAGGAGCAGAAGAGUGGGAUGAUGAAGGAGAAGAUGGAGGCUCUGAGCAGAGAGAUAGCAGCUCUUUCAGACACAGUCAGAGCCACAGAGGAGGAGCUGAGAGCUGAAGAUGUCUCAUUCCUGCACAACUACAAGGCUGCAGUGGAAAGAGUCCAGCGCUGCCCCCUGCUGGAGGAUCCACAGCUGCCCUCAGGAGCUCUGAUAGACCAGGCCAAACAUCUGGGCAACCUGGCCUUCAACAUCUGGAGGAACAUGGAGAACAUGGUCUCCUACACUCCUCUCAUCCUGGACCCAAACACUGCUGGUUCAGAACUCAUCCUGUCUGAAGAUCUGACCGGUGGGACUAAAGGAGAGGAACAGCAGCUUCCUGGUAAUCCAGAGAGGUUUAGAUGGUAUUCUGUCCUGAGUUCUGAGGGCUUCAACUCAGGGAACCACAGCUGGGAUGUUGAUGUUGGAGACAGUAAAUACUGGACACUUGGUGUGAUAGAAGAGUCUGUCCAGAGGAAGGGAAACAUAGAGUCUGGAUUGUUUGUUCUACAGUUCUAUGAAGUCCAGAAGAAGCUCCGAAGGAUCAGAGUGAAUCUGGACUGGGACAGAGGAAAGCUGUCCUUCUCUGAUCUGGACACUAACUCACACAUACACACCUUCACACACACCUUCACUGACAAGAUGUUUCCAUACUUCAGCAUUGUGGGUAAAAUAAAAAUCCUACCGAUGAAGAUCUCAGUCUGUUGGUCCUGGACGUGGAAGCAGGUGGCAGUGUGGUGGUCAGCGUGGGUGUGGGGGAAGGCUGAGAAGACAAGGCAGAUAUGGGGGACCUUUGAGGUUGACAUCUGCUACAACUGUGGUCAGCCUGGCAUGGUGCCACCAAAUCCUAACGUGACCUCACCUCCACAAGGUCAGUACCCCAGCAAGGGGAUAACUCUCCCUAUGAACAAUAUUGACACACCCCUGAGGACUGAAGAGCACGAGUACUGCAGAUCCCGUGCUGCCAGCAAAAGUGGGAAAUGA